GCAAGCCGUGGCCAACGGUUGAUACACGCGGCCAAAAACGACUUCUGCAAGCAUCGACUCACUCAAAAUAUCACAGACAGAAAAAGAACAUAUAAACAAAUAUAUAUAUCACAAUUAUAUAGAGAAGUAAGACGGAACAAAGAUGGAUAGCACCGAAUUUCGAAAACGUGGCAUGGAAAUGGUCGAGUACAUUUGCAAUUAUCUGGAAACCUUGGGUGAACGGCGUGUUACGCCCAGCGUGGAGCCCGGAUAUUUAAGGCAUCUGUUGCCAACUGAAGCGCCACAGGAGCCCGAGGAUUGGGAUCAGAUUAUGAACGAUGUGGAGGAUAAGAUAAUGCCAGGCGUUACACACUGGCAGCAUCCGCGGUUCCAUGCCUACUUUCCGGCGGGCAAUUCGUUUCCCUCGAUAUUGGGCGAUAUGCUGGGCGAUGGCAUCGGCUGCAUUGGCUUCUCAUGGGCAGCCAGUCCCGCCUGCACCGAGCUGGAGACCAUCGUGCUCGAUUGGCUGGGCAAGGCGAUUGGGCUGCCGGAUCAUUUUCUGGCCCUCAAGGAGGGCAGCACCGGCGGCGGCGUUAUACAGACAUCCGCCUCGGAGUGCGUGCUGGUCACAAUGCUGGCGGCACGUGCUCAGGCACUGAAGCGCCUCAAGGCACAGCAUCCGUUCGUCGAGGAGGGGCACUUGUUGUCCAAGCUGAUGGCCUACUGCUCCAAGGAGGCGCAUAGCUGUGUGGAAAAGGCAGCCAUGAUCUGCUUUGUGAAGCUGCGAAUUCUGGAGCCCGACGAGAAUGCCAGCCUGCGUGGCCAAACAAUUGGCGAGGCCAUGGAGGAGGAUGAACUGCAGGGGCUGGUGCCGUUCUUUGUGUCCACCACGCUGGGCACCACCGGCUCCUGUGCAUUCGACAAUUUGCCCGAAAUUGGCAACGAGCUGAAAAAGUUCCCCUGCGUCUGGCUGCACGUCGACGCUGCCUACGCGGGCAACAGUUUCAUCUGCCCCGAGCUCAAGCCGCUGCUCAAGGGCAUCGAAUUCGCUGACUCAUUCAACACGAAUCCCAACAAAUGGCUACUGACCAAUUUUGACUGCUCGACGCUUUGGGUGCGCGAUCGCAUCCGUCUGACAUCAGCUCUCGUCGUCGAUCCGCUGUAUCUCAAGCACGGCUACUCGGAUGCGGCCAUCGACUAUCGUCAUUGGGGAGUUCCACUCAGCCGUCGCUUUCGUUCACUGAAACUGUGGUUUGUGCUACGCUCUUAUGGCAUAUCCGGACUACAGCAUUAUAUACGACAUCAUAUCAAAUUGGCCAAGCGCUUUGAGGAGCUGGUGCUCAAAGAUAAACGUUUCGAGAUCUGUAAUCAAGUCAAGCUGGGCUUGGUUUGCUUUCGCCUCAAGGGCGGCGACAAGCUCAACGAGAAACUGUUAAGCGCCAUCAAUGAAUCGGGCAAACUGCAUAUGGUUCCGGCCAGCGUUAACGAGCGCUAUAUCAUACGAUUCUGUGCGGUGGCACAGAAUGCUACUGCCGAGGACAUUGACUACGCCUGGGACACCAUAGUCGACUUUGCCAACGAGCUGCUGGAGAAGGAGCAGCACGACGAAAUCACCGAGAUCAUCAAUCGCAAGAAACAGGACACGCUCGCACAGAAGCGUUCCUUCUUCGUACGCAUGGUCAGUGAUCCGAAGAUCUAUAAUCCGGCUAUCAACAAGGCGGGCACACCGAAACUCUCCAUGGAGCUGCCCUCGCCGGUGAUCAGUCGCGGCAGUGCACCCAUAAUACGCACUCAGAGCUCGGUGGAUCACAACUCCUGGAUAUCCUGGCCGUUGGCUUUUCUCUUCAACAGCAACAACGAGGAGAAGGGCAGCAAUUGCUCGUUGCGCUUUCGACACUUGGACACCAAUGUGCGUCCGACUUCAUCGCGUCGCAAUUCGGGCGCUGGUUCUUCGCCCUCGCCUGAGAACGAGACGGGCUUUGUGAAUGUGCAACAGCAACAGCAACAGCAGCAGCAGCAGCAACAACAACAACAUUAUCAACAGCAGCAACAGCAGUUGCAAUCGCCACGCAAAUCGCCCAUGGUUCUGCGUAAGGCAUCCUCCACCCGAGAAAAUCACAAUUGAAAAGCUUAAUAUGAAUACCAAAGACAAAAAUGAAAAACUAAUCGAAAACUAUUAAAUGCGCGCGUAACCUAACGCCUCCUAGUUGAAUUCUAGACCAAUUUA